AUGUCAUCUUCGGGCGCUACAAGGAUCUACAAAGCCUGUGACCAGUAUCGCGGGAAGAAGAAAUCUGAUACAUUUCGUCCCAAGUGCUCAUGUCAGGUGUCUGGGCAUGUCUGCACCUAUUAUCGCUCAGAAAAACAGCGAGGCUUACCUGAGGGCUAUUCAAGGAGACUCGAGGGCAUACUAGCCAUUGCAAUAAGCAAGCUGGACAACUUCGAAGAUCAGAUACUGUCAAUUCUGGGGGUGAAGCAGGAGUCGCUAGCACAACUAAAGCGGCAUGAAUGUUCAAGUUCCAUGAGCGCCUCUGCGCAACAGCCGUGGAAAUACAGUCGCCUUUACAGUGUCUUGCGUAACCCAGAACUCGCAAAUAUGAGCAUGCUCUGCUGUCCCAGUGAAGUUUCAUCCAUGACUGAGCCGAGCGGGUUCCCCACCGACGUCGACUGCUAUGUUAGCAACUCCCCCAGUCUUGCUGAGCCACCCAAAGAUUCUACUGUCAGAAUCACUUCGCCUGCCAUGGACUUCCGUCCGUUUGAUGACGAACCUAUACCAUUACCUACAGCAGAAGGAGGAUCGCGGUCUUCUUGUCUACCUCCUGCGACGAUUCAAAUCCUCGAUCGGUACUUUGCUCGCACCCAUCCAUGGUUUCCCAUCUUAGACAAGCAGACAAUGAUACGUUCCUGUCAUCUCUACACCGCCAUGUCAUACCCAGAUGCAGUGUGGAAUUCCGGCAGUGCUGACUAUGCGGCUCUGUGUGCUCUGAUUAGUUAUUCUACAUGUCAACACAGCACCUUGAUCAGUGAAAAAUCUAGGACGCCACCUUCAGAAACGAAAAAGUUUUAUCUUAUGGCACGGGCUCUGAUACCUUUGGAGAUGAAGAAUUGUCAGCUAGGCCACAUUCAAGCCUUGCUGCUUCUUGCUUUGAUCAACAUAAAUUUUCAGCAGUGGGCAGCUGCGAAGUUGCUUAGUGUUAAAUCCUUAGAUUUGGCUUUCUUUUUGGGCUUGGACAAGACUGCCAAGACCACAAAGUUUGAAGAGGGGCAAUUGAGCAAGGAUGUCUUGUUGGGCUGUCAUAUAAUCGACUCUUUCCUCGCGUUUGGUCUCUCCCAACCCACUCAUGGAAAAAGGAAAGCAUAUCAGACGAUCAUGCUCAGUGAGGACACAGCUGAAGAGUGGGUUUUAUGGUCAGAUGUUCUUCCAGCUUGUCUUGAAAGGCAGGGAAAACAAAUAUCCACGGAUGGCCCACUUCAUGUCCCAAGCUGUUUCAAUAACCUCUUUGAACUGAGCACUAUGAUGAAUCAGAUCACGCAGGCAAUCUUGUUAGAAGUGAAAGAUAUCCCUCGUGCGACAGAAUUGAUCUCAGAGCUUGGGAAAUGGAACAACACUCUACCCUUGGGAUGUCAGGUUAUGGGUCCCGAGAGUAUAUAUCCUGAGCGGCAUUCGAGCUUACUUCCUCAUCAAACAUUUAUGACACUAGCGUACAUCGCCACACUGCUACCGUUAUAUCUGCAUGUCGCAGCCGAUGAGGUUACUCAAGCUCAAGUACCACAGCCAUCGUGGGAAAGUGCGAAAAAGCUGCUUUACCGUGCACUACUUAUUGUUCGAACCCACCGGAAUGAUUUCAGCUCUUUUGGCAUCCCCCCCAUUUUUGUGCUGUGCCUUCAGAGCAUUGUCCGACAUGCGGCUAGUAUGCGGGACAUCUCGGCAGAAGAUUUUCCGUUUGAUCAAUGGGCCAAAGCGCUUUUUCAACAUUUACAUGGAUUAUGUCCCGCUUUGCCGAUAUUUCAGUCUUUAGUGAGGGCUAUCAAGUGCUCUUUUCCCGCCAGCAAUUAA